UCGAUAUUUUAUUACAACACAAAAUGAUUAAUUUACCCGUUGUCAGUGUCACUGUCACUACCAAAUAUCUACCAUUCUGUUUGCGGGGGGCGCUGUUCGAGUAAAUAGGGGUAAAGUGGUGCAAACAGCGGCCGGUGAAGAACACAAGUUAACUAACAACAACAGAGAAUUGCAGAAAAAAAGAGAAGCGAGAAGAAUGGCGGAAAACAAUAAAAAACUAAUCAAAGACCCACCCGCUAGUUUCCACUCUAAAGUGUGGAGAGACUUCGGGUUUUACGAGACAGUCGACGGAAAGGCACUGGAUAAAGACUAUGGAAUCUGCAAGAACUGCUUUGCAAGAUAAAAUAUAACAGCAACACUACGAAUCUGCAAAUGCACCUCGUUCGCUAUCACGAUGAACUACUCUCAGGUGAUAAUGAGGGCAAACCAAGUCAGCCCACAAAAUCACUACUGCGUUCAAAGCAAAGCUCCCCUUUGGGUCGCCGAGGACACAGAGUAUCACUAAGUCCAUCACCGAAUUUAUUUGCAAGGACUUUCGCCCUUACAGCGUGGUCGAGAAUGAUGGAUUUUGCAGAAUGUUGACAACACUGGAACCGAGAUACGAGAUACCGAGUCGUCGGCACUUUACAGACAAAGUCAUCCCUGCAUUGUAUGCAGAUACCAGAGCCAAAGUGGAGGGUGAGCUCCGGUCUGCUAAACGAGUUGCACUAACCUGUGAUGGUUGGACGUCAAGGGCCACCGAGUCCUUCGUAACUAUUACUGCCCACUUCAUAGACGACAACUGGGAUGCCCAAAGCUACGUCCUUCAGACUCGGGCUAUGAAUGACAGUCAUACUGGCGCUCACAUGGCAGAGGUGCUUAAGAAGGCUGUAGACGAGUGGAAGCUCACCGAGAAAGAGCCAGCAGUGGUGACUGACAACGCAGCGAAUAUGUCCGUAGCUAUUGAGAUUGCUGGAUAUCCGCACGUUCGCUGUUUCGCUCAUGUUUUGAAUCUCGCGGUGCAGCGUGCCCUCAAACUGCCAAAUGUCGCUCGACUGCUCGGGAGAAUUAGGAGAAUUUGCACAUUCUUCCACAGGAGCACCUCAGCAGCUGAGGCACUGAAGAGGAACCAGAAGAUGUUAGGCCUUCCGCACCACAAGCUGAUAACUGAUCUUGUUGUCCGCUGGAACAGGGCCUAUGAGAUGAUCAGCCGGUUUCUUGAGCAACAGCCAGCUGUUACUGCUGCCCUCUAAUCUCCAGAGGUCAGAAAGAAUACCACUGACAUCUCUACCCUGACUGAUGGAGACAUCAAAAAUACAGAAGAGGUUGUGAAA